AUGGCAAGCACUUACGGCCCUGAAGCAAAUGUAAUUUAUUGUGGGGACGUGCCUACUGUUAUAAAGGGAUCUGUUACUUUAUUAGAAGAAAAUAACACAACGUAUAAAGCACGUGCAAACGUAAGCUGUCAUACAGGUUACAAUGCAAGCAUAGGCAUUAUACAAUGUCUAGAAACGGGACAAUGGCAAGCAACUGAAUGUCAGCUACUUGUUUGUGAGGCUGUUCCGGACAUCGCUAAUGGACAAAUUACUCUUACACAAGUUGGAAAUACCACGUAUGGAGCGAUAGCGAAUGUUUCAUGUUCAACGGGAUAUAACGCGACAGUAUACACUUUACUGUGUCUAGAUACAGGAGAAUGGGAUACUGCAACAUGUAAUUUAAUAGAUUGUAGUGUGGUCCCUAAAGUGUCUAAUGGAAACGUAGCUUUGCUCGGAGAAGAAAAUACUACAUAUGGAGCAUUAGCGGAAAUAGCCUGUGAAACUGGUUAUAAUUUUUCUGUGCCAACCAUACAGUGUCGUGAUACCGGGGUCUGGGAUACUGCUACAUGCGAUAUAAUUGAUUGUGGCAGAUUAGAUGAUCUAAUGAAUGGUACUAUCAUUACUUCUAAUGGUACAACAUAUGGUUCAACAGCUACAUAUACAUGUGAUGAAGGUCUUGAUAUCAUUGGUGAUGUAACUCGAAUAUGUGAUGCGAGCGGACAAUGGAGUAAAACGAAGCCUGAUUGUUUGCUAAAAGGUGCAAAGAGAUGUCCGGAAAAUACCGACGCAAGAGGAAACGUUUGGAAUGCAAUCGCAGGGGGAAGGAAUAGAAGCAACGCGUGUCCAACUAAUUUUAUUGGUACUGUUAAUCGACAGUGUGGAGUUGAUGGACUCUGGAAGUUUCUCCAGUACCUAUGCAUACGUGAAUCAGUUAACAAAGUGAUGGAAAAGAUAAAUUUGCUAAAUAAAGAUACAUCACAACACGAUGUUUUGAACGCUUUACAAGGUCUAAACAUUGUAACCACGCAAGCUGAAAAUAUUGCUGAGCAAGAUAAACUGACUGAUUUUGAAGUGAGCAGCUUAAUUACAUCAACGGGGACAGUUGCAGAUAUUUUAUCAUCGUCACCAACCUUAAUCAAUAAUCAACUUACAGAUGUGUUUACUGAGUCUAUAAGCAACUUGAUAGAUGAAAAGAACUCUGGUAGUUGGAAUGCAAUAACACAAACUAGUAGUAAAAUGACUGAGAAAAUGUUAAGCUCUGUGGACACACUUAGUAAUGCAAUGGCAAAACGAGUAAAUUCUACAGGAAUUAGUUUACCGGCAGUUGUCAAACCCAAUAUAGCGCUACACGUGAAAGCAGUGUCAUCAAGCACUUUUGUUUUCCCUGGUUUUGAUGCAGUACAGGGAACCAGCAAUGAUAAUUGGUUACGAGCAACAAAAAGUCAAAUUAUUUUUAACACAUCUUCCUUUGGAGGAACAUCUCAGCAAUCUGUAGUAUCAGCUGCAAUAUAUAAAGAUAUUUCAAAUAUAAUGCCGGAUAAAAGUGACAACGAGCAGCUUAAUGGUCAAGUUUUGUCAUUUUCCACAUUACCUCCAUUAAGUGGCACUAUUGAUCCGCCAAUUACAAUGUCAUUUGAGCAGACUCAUGAACAAUUGACAAGAGCGACAUGCAGUUUUUGGAAAUUCGGAAAUAGCGGAUCAGGUGCUUGGUCAACUGAAGGAUGCACUGGUAGAUCUAUCAGUGAAAAUGUUACAGAAUGUGAAUGCAGUCAUACAACAAAUUUUGCUGUAAUCCUAAGUUUGCAAGAUUGUGGAGGAUUGGGUUCCCUUAGCAAUGGUGAGAUUGACAACUCUGCUGGCACGAAGUACAAAGCAACGGCAAAUUUCAGAUGUAAUGCUGGAUAUAAUAUUAAUGGGGCUAAUACAAGCACGUGCUUAUAUAAUGGCUCUUGGAGCUUCCCAGUUCCAUCUUGCUCUAUCAAAGAUUGUGGUAAUCUCAGUUAUCCAUUAAACGGUAUUGUGUCAACACCUGAAGGAACGACAUUUGACAACGAAGCAGUUUACAGUUGUUACAACGGAUAUAAUUUAAAUGGCAGAGAAACUCGUCUUUGUUUAUCAACGGGAUCAUGGUCCUCCACUUCCCCGACAUGCGUGAAAGAAGUACAAACACCUAAAACUUGUAAGGAGAAUGUAGACAGUAGAGGACUAACUUGGCCAGAAACAGUAUCUGGAAAUACUCAGGAUAAACGUUGCCACAGCGGAUUUACAGGUUCGAUAUCUAGGACAUGUGGUGCUGGCGGAGUGUGGAACUUGCCGCAAUAUGAUUGUGUUCGUGAAUCGAUAGUAAAAGUUAAUGAAAAGGUAUCAACGCUGAGUAAAAAUGCAACCGGGGAUGAAGUUGAUACUGUCUUGGAGGAAAUUUUAAAAGUGACAACCGUAAAUGAAACAACUGAUAACAACAAUACUUUAACUGAUGGCGAAUUAAGUGUUCUAUCUGCAUCGCUUGAGACAGUAGCGGAUGUGUUGGCAACAUCUUCUGGAAUCAUAAAUGAAAACAUUACUGAUGAAUUCCUAGAAAUUGCGAGUAAUCUUGUCGAUGAGUCCAAUCAGGAGAGUUGGAAGUCUCUUUCUCAGUCGGAGAACAACGACGAGUCAGCAAGUGUGCUAAAGGCAGUUGAUUCCUUGGCUGAGGUCCUGAGUAAUUCAAUUAAGGAUGAUCCCGAAAAUAAUGGCACGAUAAUCGUGAAGAAAAAUAUUGCAAUUGAUGUAAAGAAAGUUUCGAAGAAAGGUGUAUUAUUUCCGGAUCCAGACAAAACAGUGUCAGACAAAGAUGAUGCAAACGUCAACUGGUUUAAACAGGCCAAGAGCAGUUUACGCUUAGAAGCAGCCGCUUUCAAAAAUAAAACAGUGCAAUACGCUACAACAGCCGUCAUGUAUAGAGAUUUGUCGAAAAUCUUGCCAAACAAACGAAACAAUACAAAUAACAAUGCGGAGGAUACUGAUGAUGUUAUAAAUGCACCUAUUCUUUCAUUGACAAUUUCACCACCAGUGUCGGAUAAAUUGGACCCACUACUUCAAUUGAAUUUUACUCAUGACAUGACUAAUUUCUCCAAUCCAUUGUGUUCGUAUUGGGCAUUUCCAAUUGGUAACAUUGAACAAGGCUUUUGGUCUUCAGAGGGGUGUGUUGUAAGAACUACAAAUACUUACUACACAAUUUGUGAGUGUGACCAUCUGACCAACUUUGCUGUUUUGAUGAGCCCUUUUGUGGAGGCAGAUGCAGCAUCCAAAGCACUCCGAAUAAUUUCUAUGACCGGUAUCGGUAUCUCAAUAGCUUGUUUAACAGUUACCCUUAUCGUUCACGUUUUCUUUUGGAAGUAUCUGCGGAAUGAUCGCACCACUGCCUUGAUAAAUUUGUGUGUAGCCCUUUUACUUUCCUACAUUCUAUUUUUGGCGGGAGUCGACAGGACCGAAAGUAGUGUCGCAUGUGCUGUUAUUGCUGCUGUGUUACAGUAUAUAUAUUUGGUUGUGUUCUGCAUUAUGCUGGUGGAAGGCAUUGAAAUAGCUAUCAUUGUACUCUAUGUGUUCAAAACAAAGUCAAGAAUAAGAAUCAUGCUUAUAUUUGCUUGGGUGAUACCUGCCAUUAUUGUGGGAAUUUCUCUCGGUGCUGCACAAGCUGAAGGCUAUGGCAACGACAAUUUUUGCUGGCUGUCUGUUGAAAAUGGCUUGAUUUGGUCUUUUGUUGGACCUGCAUUAUUUAUAAUUACUUUCAAUGGAAUAUGCUUAAUUAUUGUGAUACGCAUAAUGUUCAAAACUAAAGCAAUGGAGACGAAGACAGCUUCGGUAAAUAUUACUCAGAAUGGCAACAAAUUAUUUUUUGAAUGA